AGACAAAAUAAGAGAGGAGGAUCAUAUAUUAAAAUUAAGUUAAAUCGAGAAGCUAGAAGAAUAUAAAUUAUGGCUUGUUUUUUUCCAUAUAAUAGCAGAAACUUGGAUACAAGUUUCUUCAUAUUCAGGCCAACAAUAGUGAUUGUGGAUGAUCUUGUGGAAGCUCUCAAGCAUUUCUCUUUUUCUACUCAAAAUCUUGGAUGUGUGCAAAGUGCUAUUUUUAGAAGCAUUCAUGGGAAUAUGAUGGUAUGGUAUGGAGCAUGGAUAAAGAGAUCUACUGAGAAUAAGGACUCACUGGCUGCAACUCUUCUUUCAAUGUUAACAAGUGUAUCAAGCAUGGCAAUCCUACUAGAACAUGGCUUCUUUGAUGCAUAUGCUGGAGAAUCAAAGGAUCAUUCCCCCGCUGCGAAAUUCUACACAGGGGACAUUGUUUCCAUGAACUCUGCCUCUUUCUCCCAUCACGACAUCAUGCCAAUCGAAGACUUUACAUACGCGUGCUUAGCCAUUUUUAAGGACCGGUUCCACAACAUGAAUGGCGCCGUUUCUGGGGUUUGCUUCAAGUCCCAACAACUAUCCAAAGUAGCCGCGGUUUUCGUCUGGAAAUCCUUACAAUGUUGCUACAGUUACAUCUUGAAUCAAGAUUCCAGGAGUGUUCUUCCUUAUUUUGAUGGCUUUUCACUAAAUUUAAAAUAUGAUGUGUUUAAAGUUGUUUAUGUUAGUGGAGAUAGUGCCUUAAAUUUUCGUAUUUUUCCUCCACACAAGAUGUUGGAGGGCAAACAGGGGUUGCACAAUGUUGCUCAAGAACUUAAUAGAAUUUGUGAAUAA